UUCUAUUCAUUGCAUAGAUCUUCUACUGAGGUGGUAAACUGCAGUCCUUUUCCUGGAGUUGCUGUUGCUGUUGAGGUACAAUACAUCCUUCUAGAAUCUUUUAGUCUGCUUUUUCCACCGUCAGAUCUUAUCUCGAUAAUCUCGUGUCUCCAUCUUUGGUUUUUGAUACAGUCGUCACCGUCAAGAGUCAUUAUGACUUCGCCCUCGACUAUCAAGCAGAGAUUCCUCUCCAAGCCAAACCAGCUCGGCGUAGUUGCUGUUGGUUUUAAUGGCGGCCAGUGCAAGCUUGGCGUUGAGGCAGCUCCUAUGGCUCUCGUCGAGGCCGGCCUUCUCGACCAGCUUCGCGAUGAUCUUGACUACGAAAUACACUACGAUAACACCGUACACUACUAUGAGAAGGAGAUCCCCGCUGAAGACCCCGACCACCGGGGCAUGAAGAAGCCGCGGGCUGUCAGCGCCGUCACAGAAACCCUCAGCUCGCAGGUGUACGAGCACUCCAAGGAGGGCAAGUUCACGCUAACCCUAGGCGGAGACCACUCGAUCGCAAUUGGGAGUAUCUCCGGCAUUGCAAAGGCGACGCGCGAGCGGCUGGGACGGGAGAUUGGUGUCAUUUGGGUCGAUGCGCAUGCUGAUAUCAACAUUCCCGAAAUGAGUCCCAGUGGGAAUAUCCACGGAAUGCCGAUGGCAUUCUUGACGCGGUUGGCGACGGAGGAGAAGAAGGAUAUCUUUGGUUGGUUGCAGGAGGAGCACAAGGUCAACCUCCGCAAGCUGGUGUAUAUCGGACUGAGAGAUGUUGAUCGCGGUGAGAAGAAGUUGCUCCGGGAGCAUGGAAUCAAGGCGUUUAGCAUGCAUGAUGUUGAUCGCCACGGUAUUGGUCGAGUGGUCGAAAUGGCCCUCGCUCACAUCGGAAACGACACCCCAAUCCAUCUGUCCUUUGACGUGGAUGCACUCGAUCCCCAAUGGGCGCCCAGCACUGGAACGCCGGUGCGUGGGGGUUUGACUCUUCGCGAGGGAGACUUCAUCUGCGAGUGUGUUCACGAGACAGGAAACUUGAUCUCCAUGGAUUUGGUUGAGGUCAACCCCAGCUUGGAAGCUGUGGGGGCUUCCGACACCAUUCGGACCGGUUGCUCGUUGGUGCGUAGUGCGUUGGGAGAUACCCUGCUCUAGAGUCUGUAAUUACGUCAGUCAGCGAUUUCAUUAACAGAGCUAGACAAGAAUAAUGAUUUAUGAAGA